AUGUCGGAACCUCUCAGCAAGGUCGACUCCGCCGUCCAAGGCUUGUCAAGCUCACCAAAAGAGGAGCAACCUGUCAAGAAGGCUGGCCGACGACAAAGCUCACUCUCACCGGAUGUGAUGAACAUCGCCGACCUCGAGGCUCAAGGCAUUGAGCUCGAGCUUGCUCCCGAGACCCAGAAGACUGGAUGGAAGAUCAACACAAGUCCCAACACUGUUGAGGACCCCGCACUCCUCAAGCUGCCUCUAUCAAAACCUCUCAUCAGGAAGAUCGACCUCCACUUCCCCCUAGGGAAGGAAGUAACAGCCCGAAACCUCAAGGGUGUAACAAUCAAGGAUGCCCUCGAUGCUAUCCACAAGGCAUACAAGAAGCGGUCUGAUGAUGAACUCGACCUUCCCUACCUCGCUGGCUUCGAGUGGGACAAGGAGGAGUCAUGGACCCGACUUGUUGUGCACCUCCAGGCCCAGCCCUCAACCACAGGCGGCCACUCUGGCGGCAAGAAGAAGAAGAACAAGAAGAACGAGGAAUAA